AUGCUCCUUGCCAUGAGACGACACAUUGAGGACCUAGACAAUAGGGGGCGACGCUGUAACAUAAGAAUACGUGGAGUGCCCGAGUCUGAGGGAGAAGAAGAUGCAGAAGCAAUCCUCACGGAGCUAUUCCACACCCUACUGCAAACAGCGACCCCUCAACGCAUUGAAUUCGAAAGGGCCCAUAGGGCAUUGAGACCAAGGUCGUUAGAAGAGGGCCCGAGGGACAUGAUAUGUUGCCUGCACUCCUUCCCAACUAAAAAUGCAAUAAUGCGAAAAGCCUGUGAUAGACCAACCUGGCCCUUCAGGGGAAUGCAAGUAUCAUUGUAUAAUGAUCUCUCCCCCAUCACGCUGGAAGCACGCCGGGCACUCAGACCAGUGACGACCGCCCUAAGGGACUGCAAUAUUCCCUACAAGAGGGGGUUCCCAUUUGCCUUACUGACACGCCACCGUAAUGGAUUGGUAUUGAUGCGCUGGCCGGAGGAGAUUACGCGAUUCAUGGAAGAGUUGGGCCUCAUGCCAGUGCAAGUGACCAAUUGGAUCCUAGGACCACUGGGCCCACCACCCGGGCCUCAAAGAACUAUCCGUAGGAGAGAAGCAGGCUCACCGUCAGGUCACGCGUCCCAAAGGCGCAGACACCCGGCGGACCCAGAGGAAUAA